AUGGAACCAAUUGAAUAUAGAUUUGAAAUAAGAACUUCAAAAAAAGAGGAUAUGGAAAGAGUGUUUGAACUUGUCAAAGAAUUGGCAGAUUUUCAAAAUAUGUUAGAAAAGUUUACAGGUUCAAAAGAAGAUUUAGAGAAAUGGACAUUUGGUGAGCAUAAAUUAUUAUAUAUAUAUUGUGGAUGGCUAUGUCCAGUUAGUGAAGAUUGUUAUAUACCACCAAAGAUGAUUGGAUAUACUAUCCAUUUCUUGAAUUACUCAACUUUCAAACAUAUACCCGGAAUCUACUUGGAAGAUAUAUAUGUACAACCAGAGUAUAGAGGUAAAGGCUAUGGAAAAGCAUUGCUUCUGAAUCUCUGUAAGAUCGCAAAAGACAACGAAUUUGAUAUUGUUGAAUGGCAGGUUCUAGAUUCCAACAAGUCAUCUAUAGAUUUCUACGAAUCAAUGGGUGCCAAACCAAUAAGAGAAUGGGUUCAAUAUCGUUUAUCAGGUGAAAAUACAAAACAUUGUGCAAUGGAAUUUGAUAGUUUAAAUUUGGUAAUAAAUAAAAAGUAG